AUGGUCCACGAGAAGAACGGGUUCAGCAACCAUGGUUUCGGACUCUUCAGGCGCGAUGUUUUCUUAUUGUGCAAAGCGGGAAGAAAGGACCGAUAUGCGAGCACAGAAUCGAAAAGAAUACCCGGGACACGGCGACAGGCACAUGAAGAACCAAUGUCUACUCCAAUACAGUAUGGUCUUUUCAUUCGAGCCGUGGAGUGGCGUGGACCUGUCGACGACGCUUUGACUCAAAUCAAUUGCUCUACGGCUUUGACAUACCGUGGGUCACCACGUUCAUGGCUUGCGAAUUGGUUCUUGUCCGAUACGUUCGAAUUGGUGAUGGAAGAACAAGGUCUAAGUCAUUCUACUAAGGAUCGAAGACGGCGACGAAUCGGGAAACUAUGA